CGCGCUGGCCCCGGAGGUGGGCCGUGGGCUGAGCACUGGUCUGGCGCUCUACGCCGGCCAAGAGGCCGCGCAGUGCCCCGAGUGCACCUGCGCGCCGCAGCUGCACUGCCCGGAGCUGCGCUGCGACUGCUCAGGCCUGCAGGGCUCGAGCAGCCAGGGGCCGGGCCUCUGGGCGGCGGCGCUGGCCUGCGCCGACAGCGGGAUCGCUGGGGCCUGCAGCGCGGCGGGGGCCUUCUGGCGCCUGGGCGGCCGCCUCGCGGGGCCGCCCGGCGCCGCCUCCGGCCCCCUGGAGCAGCCCGACUUCGAGCAGCAGGCUCGGGCCCAGGCGCGCGAGGCGCGCGCUAAGCCGGGGGACUUCAUCGGCGUGCAGUACAGCGUGGGAGGUGGCGCCCCGCUGACCCACGAGCGCCUCGUGCUAGUGGCGCCGCCGGGGCGGCCACAUGUGGCGAUCAUACUCACUCCCGAUGAUGACGAGUAUGAGGAGAAGUGCGUGGCCUCGGCGGACGCGCUGAAGUGGGACAUCUCCCCUGGGGGCGCUGCCGGCGGCACGAUGCCGCGG